AUUAGAAUUAAGCCUGCGGCUAAACAAGCAUGUAUCCGUCGCGAGGCUUUUCGAGAAGCGAUGUGGAAAUAUUCCCCGUUUGUGAGGCUUUCCGAGAUGAGAAGCUGAACAUUGCCCCUUUUCAAGGCUUUCAGGAACAGAAGCUCCCUGGACAUGGCUCUAUCACGAGGCUUUUCGAGACAGGAAGCUGUCCGAACAUCAAGUACAAAUAGACCACUACUUUCCGUUCAUUCUCUCUAUCAUCAAUCCAAAGCAUCAACUCAUCAGCUCAUCCACUCACCAACUCAUCUACUCAUCUACUCAUCCAUCCAUUAACUCAUCAACUCAAUCCCCUUUCAAGAUAUAUCUUUAUACUCUUACCACCUUAUUCACCAUGAAGUUCACACUUUUUGCUGCUGCCGCCGCUCUGGCCUCUACCGCUGUUGCCUUCCCAAUCACAGGCGACAGUGUCAACUGCCGCUCUGGGCCAGGCACAAGCUAUGCUGUGAAGAAGUCCUACGCCAAGGGCCACGAUGUUACGAUAACCUGCCAGACUGGAGGAACCAGCGUCAGCGGAAACAGCAUCUGGGAUAAGACAUCCGAUGGCUGCUAUGUUGCCGAUUACUACGUCAAGACUGGCUCCAGUGGCUAUGUCAAGCCGAAGUGCAGCACUGGCGGAGGCAGCUGCUCUGCGCCUAAAUCGAAUGCGGCCACCGUCGACCUCAUUGCUGAGUUUGAGGGUUUCGUCGCCAAAGUUUACAUUGAUGCCACUGGCCACCCAACUGUCGGCUAUGGCCAUCUUUGCACCAAGUCAAAGUGCGCCGAGGUCGGAUACCCGAUCCCGCUUUCCAAGGCCAAUGGCAAGAAGCUCCUCGCAACAGACAUGGCUAAAGCCGAGAAAUGUGUUACCGCCAUGCUCAACUCCAAGGCGGUACUCAACGCGAACCAGUACGGUGCUCUGGUUAGCUUGGCCUUCAACGUCGGGUGCGGGGCUGUUCAAUCGUCUUCUAUUGUCACACGUCUCAACAAGGGCGAGAAGGCUGCUACUGUCUACCCUCAGGAGUUCCCCAAGUGGGUUCACGGUGGUGGCAAGGUCCUUCCUGGUCUCGUUCGCCGCCGCAACGCUGAGGUUGCACUGGCCAAAAAGGCUGCUGGCAAGGCCCUCCCUUGCUAAAUUAUCUAGCAUUGUUAGAUGGGGGUUUGCAUCUUAUUUGUACGGCAGAUGAAGUGGAUUUAAAGGGGCUUUUCACAGUUAGUUUGGUAUAUAGUUUUGUAUGUUUAGAUUCGUUAGAGUAAAAUGUUUCAUCAUAG